AUGGCAGAGAAAAGGUUUAAAGGAUCUCCAUUUGGAGCACAGUCCGCAAGGUUUGAUGUGUCUGGUGUGCAGCCAGCAAGGAAGACGCAUACUUACACAGAGAUGCUCUAUGGCAAGAAGAGAACUUCUGAACUGGAGAGAAAGCUGGGACCGGGCACUUAUAAUGCAGACUCUGGCGAUUUCAGCGCUAGAGCCGUGCAGGAGCGAGCAAAGGGACCUGGCUGGAAGAGGGCACAGGAGAUGGCACAGUUUUCCAAGACUCCCCCUGUCCUGUUCUGUGCUGCCUGGGAGAAGGAGCAGCUGGUGAAAACCAAAUUGGGUCCCGGAAGUUACAAAGUCUAUGAUUUCACUGAGGUGAUGCAGAAGAAACCUCAGAGUGUGAGAGGGGUCUGUGCAACUGGGGAGGAGAGAUUCAAAGGCUAUGUUCAGAAAACCAAACUCGGUCCAGGAAGCUACAAAAUUUGUGAUUUCACUGAGCUGAUGCAGAAGAAGCCUAGAAGUAUGAGAGGGGUCUGUGCGACAAGGGAGGAGAGGUUCAAGGGAUAUGUUCAGAAUGAUACGCCUGGUCCGGGAACUUAUGGGAAAGGAGGCAUCCCUGAUGCAUUGAAGGAGGAGAAAAGGAAGCAGUCAGCAGGAACGUGUCCUACUAUGGACUUCAGCUAUGGAGUGGAACGCUAUCCAUACGUUGAAAUAGGCAGUGGCAUAAGUCCGUGCAUGUACAGCUUGAGGUCCUCCACUGAUAUGCUGCUUAAUCGCAAAGCUGGUGUGUGGAAGUCAGCUCUUUCUGAGAGGCGAAACAAACCCUUUGACUCCCUGAAGGAGCAGACUCCAGACCCAGGUCAGUAUACUAAGAAUAUUAUAGUAUUUGGUGAAGACUUCAAAAGGCCUGAAAAGAAGAUGCAUGGGUUAUUUGGCAAACUGGACCAGUAUCCAUGCACACCCAGAGAGAGGAUCUACCACAGCACCCUGUCGCAGUGUCCUCGUCCAGCGGCUUCUCCUGGCCCUGGGCAUUACAAUGUGACUCCCUUGCCCGGGACAGAGAAUCGGAAACCACCCCCUUUUCUCACAUCAGCCCGACGUUUCACCAAGAGGUCUCAGGCAGUGAUGAACAGAAAUUUUAACACGGUGGGACCAGGGCGCUAUUAUUUUGCUGUCCCAGACAACAAGAUCUUGAACAGCCAC